AUGAGUCACCAACGUCACUUUUCCGACGCGGCGGUCAAGGAGCCUCACUCGGUGUCCCUCAAGGUUCUCCGUCUGACCCGACCAUCUCUCGUAUCUCAAUACCCCUUCUCACCACCUCUGUCCUCCUCCGCCAUUACGCCCCCUCCUCCCCUUCCCGCCUCGCUAUCUUACUCCCCCUCCAGCACCAACCCGACCCCUUUCUUACUCUCCCCCAUCCUCGCCCUCCCCCCAAGCUUCGGCUCGGCAUAUGUUGGGACAACCUUUUCUUGCACCCUCUGUGCGAAUCAUGACAUCCCCCCCCCAAUCGACGGCGGUCCCCCCCUGUCGGUGAAGACGAUCCGGGAUGUCAAGAUCGAAGCAGAGAUGAAGACGCCUUCCUCUCCUACCCUCAUCCCGCUGCUACCUCCGGGGAAUGAUGAGGGAACAGAUCUCAGCCCGGGUGGGACACUCCAAAAGAUUGUGAGUUUUGAUCUACGGGAGGAGGGGGCGCACACGCUGGUGGUGCAGGUUAGUUACUACGAGGCUACGUCGACGAGCGGGAGGACGAGGAUGUUUAGGAAGUUGUAUCAGUUUGUUUGCAAGGGGCUGUUGGUUGUGCGGACGAAGACUUCUGCGCUUGGGUUGGGGAAGCAGGGGAAUAGGAGGUGGGUUUUGGAGGCGCAGGUUGAGAACUCGGGUGGUGGGGGGGAGACGGGGGAUGGUGGGGGGGAGGUGGUGUUUAUGGAGGAGAUUGGCUUGGAGCUGGAAAAGGGGUUGAGGGGGAGGGAUGUGAAUUUCUGGGGGAGGGGCAGGGGGAGGGAGAAGGUUGUGCUAAGGGCUGGGGAGGGGGAGGAGGUGGUCUUUGUUGUUGAGGAGGAGGGGGAGUGGGAUGGGAAGGAGGAGGAGGAGGGGAGGAGGGUUUUUGGGGUUUUGCAGAUUGGGUGGAGGGGGGAGGGGGGUGGGAGGGGGAGUCUGGCUACGGGGAGGUUGGGGACCAGGGUUUUGAGGCCGAGGGAGGGUGGUGCUGUUAGUAAGGUGUGA